GGAGCGGGGGUGGUCGUGGCGGACGCACCGGCCUGGGGCGAGCGUGUCUCUCACGGCCUUCGUGCGCUGCCGUCUCUCGCCACUGUCCAGUGAGCUCCUGACUGCCACCUAUGGACUCCCACAAAUCCCCGAAGGAAACGGUCCUUAUUACAGGAGGAGGUGGCUAUUUUGGUUUCCGCCUAGGCUGUGCUCUGAACCAGAAAGGAUUCCACGUGAUUCUCUUUGACAUCAAAAGCCCUGCUCAUCCCUUGCCAGAGGGAGUCAAGUUUAUACACGGAGACAUUCGCCACCUCUGUGAUGUGGAGAAAGCCUUCCAGGAUGUGGACAUUGCAUGUGUGUUCCAUAUCGCCUCUUACGGCAUGUCGGGGCGGGAGCAGCUGAAUCGAAGCCUGAUUGAAGAAGUCAACGUCGGGGGCACAGACCACAUCCUCCAGGUUUGCAGGAGGAGAGGGGUGCCAAGGUUAGUUUACACUAGCACUUUCAAUGUCAUCUUUGGAGGUCAAGUUAUCAGAAAUGGAGAUGAAUCUCUGCCUUACCUACCUCUUCACCUCCAUCCUGAUCACUACUCUCGGACCAAAUCUAUUGCAGAAAAGAAAGUGCUGGAGGCCAAUGGUGCUACCCUGGUAAGAAGUGAUGGUGUCUUGAGAACCUGUGCUCUGAGGCCGGCUGGCAUCUACGGGCCUGGAGAACAAAGGCACCUACCCAGGAUAGUGAGCUACAUUGAGAGGGGUCUCUUCAAGUUUGUGUAUGGGGAUCCUGGGAGCCUGGUUGAAUUUGUCCACGUGGAUAACUUGGUCCAGGCUCACAUUCUGGCCUCAGAGGCCCUGACAGCUGCCAAGGGCCACGUGGCCUCUGGGCAGCCCUACUUCAUUUCGGACGGCAGACCCGUGAACAACUUUGAGUUCCUCCGGCCUCUGGUUGAGGGCCUGGGCUACAGGUUCCCAUCCAUCCGCCUGCCCUUGACCCUCAUCUACUGUUUUGCUUUCCUGACAGAAAUGGCUCACUUCCUUUUUGGUCGGGUCUACAACUUCCAGCCCUUCCUCACCCGCACAGAAGUUUACAAAACUGGCGUCACACAUUACUUUAGUCUAGAGAAGGCCAAGAAGGAGCUGGGUUAUGAGGCUCAGCCAUUUGACCUCCAGGAAGUAGUCGACUGGUUUAAGGCACAUGGCCACGGCAGAAGUCCUGGGGGUCAUGCCUCCGGGUGUCUUGUUUGGGAUGGGCUGACGGUCUUCCUCUUGGUCAUAGUGGUUCUCAUAUGGCUGCCUUCUCCUGUGGCUCGAUCACUCUGAAGGAGCUAGAAACACGGAUCGGAGCACACUUGUUGAGAUGGUUUUCAAGAAACACAGUAUUAAACAAUGUAUCUAUCUCUAAAUAAAUCUACAUCAAUAUCUAGGUAGAUAGAUACAAAUGGAUACCUGGUAGCAAAUCUUGGCUCCUCAAAUUGCUACUUAAUAGAUUCUUGGAAGGGCACUUGGGUGACUUAGUCGACUCUUGAUCUUGGCUCAGGUCGUGAUCUCACGGUUUGUGAGCUCGAGUGGCAGGGAGACUGCUUGGGAUUCUCUUUCUCCUUCUCUCUUCCCACACCCCACCUCAAAAUGAAUCAAUAACUUAAAAAAAAAAAAAAAAAGAAAAGAAAUAAAAGAACAGAUUCUUGGAUGAAGUCUUCAUUUCUUACCUUCUUGGACCAAACAAACCAUGAUAGGAGAAAAAAAGAAGCAAAGAUCAGUUUGAGAUGCGGUUUCGUGUGUCUUCCUCCUUUUGAUGGGUACAAUAGAAGUCAUUUUGGAGCCACAGAGCGAGAUGAGGAAAAUUGGAAAUGUCUUGAGUUUCUCAGAAGUCAAAAAUGUACUUACUUCUGUCCUCUACUAUCUCUGUCCAGUUACAGUAGACUAAAACAUGCACUGAUACAGCAGUGGCAAAACACUAACAGGCUUGAAACUGUGUGAAAACCACCAAAUUGGGUCAGAUCCCUACAGACCAACCCUCUGAGGAGGUGGAAGCUUUUGAGAGACAUUAUAUGAGCCAUUCAUUCCUGUAGUUUUUAGGAAUUACUCUUUGCCCUUUAUGAUAUAAGGGCGUUACACCUGUGUGAUCACAUGGUAAGGUUUGAUUUUUAAACAAAUAGAACUGUGUCUUACCUCAUAGGAUUCUUUUGAGGAUUAAAUUAGACAAGACGUAUCAAGUGCCACUCAACACAGACAAGUCAUUAUUUUAAUUAAUAUCGUUGCCAUACAUUCCUGAUACAAACCCUUAUGAGGGUUUUCUUCCUCAGGGGAGUUCUGUUCAGAGGUGUUAGUGUUCUGUUAGUGCUAUCGCUCUAACCUUUCUGGAAUGUCUUUGGGGUAAGCCCCUCAGAGUCUGUAACCAGCACGUUUGCAUAUGCUCAGUGUUUGUAAAGUUUUGGUCUCUGAGCAUAGAGUAACAUUUAGGAAACGGAUAAAAAUCCGAUUAAGGAAGAUGGUCAAGGGAAUGAUGCUAUUUGUAAUUUAAAAGUGAAACAUAACUCUGAACUAAUAGACUGCUUUUCUUCCGGGAAGAGGUUUUGUUCUCUGAAGGCAGCUUCCAAUGAGGAAUGUUUUGAAGGGUGUCAUUACCGUCCAGCCACUCCUGAGGACUGCUGUGUAAGACAUUCAGUUUGUACAGUUGCAUAGGAACCAAUGUGGAAAGAAGACAGAGGAUCUUCACCCCUUCCACAAUUCCAGUUUCAGAAAAGCCAGUAUUAAAGCAUAAGGCAGAUAGAUUGCUGCGGAAGGUGGCGUUCGAGCUGUUUUGAGAUUAUUUGUAGAAAGAAGGUGCCAGGUGAAUAGUCCGUGGUUAAUGCUCCCUGGAUCUUUUGGAGAAAAGCACUCAACCUGAUACCAGGAGACCUGCAACCAUGAAUGGUUUGUGUGGCCUUAACCAAGCGAUUGAAGCCUGUUUCCUCAUUUGGGAAUGACCCGUAUCUGCCUUUUCUACAAAGCCACCCACCCACCCUCCUCACACGGGUGGUUGUGAGCUUAAAUAAGAUGUCGUGAAAGUACUUUCAAAGAUAAAUUAAAACAUAAAUUUGAGGUGGUGGUGAGCAUUUUUGGUAAAAGGUUUUCAGAGUCUUUUUCUAUCUUGAGAAGCUUUUGCUUUAGCCUGGAGUUCGCUUGUAUGAGCACCUAGGCAAGUCCAGCAGUCCAGGUGCUGCACGGCGGGCUCCCCUGUUCACGUACAGCCCACUAAUGGCAUGACGUGUCCGCACGAGAAGGCCACUGAAAGAGUGGAUAAGUUCAGCAAGACAUCUAUGCAGUGUCCUUGAGAGGCAUCGCAGACUUGCAGAACAUGUUUUCAACAAGGUCCUGGAGAACAAUGAUAGAUACUUCUUAGUUUUCUCGCACCAAGUAGACUGAGUGUAGUGGGGGUUUUCCUGUUUUCCACACGAAACUAAGGAUGGCUAUUCGGGCCUUGUUGUCAUCCAGGGAAGAGACAUUCGGCUGUCCCUCACCACUUACACCCAUGUCCACUGUCCCCUUGAGACAAGAGUUCAUCUACCGUUCAUGAGCUCACUCUUGGUUUUUCUCCUUGUAUUAAUGAUCUGUUGCAUUACCCUAAGACAUGCUACGAAUUACACUAAGGUGUAUCAUGUUAACACAGUACCCCCAAGACAUAUCUUAAAACAACAAACAUCACCUCCUGGCUUUUACGGGUCAGGUAUUUUGGUGCGGCUUAACUGCGUCGGUUUCCUUGGAGUCCCUCAUGAGGGUCAUCCCAUGGUAUCUGGCACGACAGUCCUCUGGAAGCCUGACGGAAGCUGGAGGGCCCACCCAGGAUGGCUCACCCACACGACCAUUGGCAGGAGGCUCAAUGCCUCACCAUGCGGGCACCUCCGUAGGCUUGCUUGAAUGUCUUCACGACAUGGUGGCUGGUUUUCCCCAGAGCAGGUGAUCCAGGAGAGCAGGGUGGAAGCUGCAAUGGCCUUUACGGCUUAUCCUCAAACACCACACCCUGGCACUCCACAGUAUACUGGUUACACAGGUCAGUCUAAUUCAGUGUGGGGAGGAAGGAAGUACCCAAAGGUGUGGAUACCAGAAGGUGGGGAAUGCUGGGGGCCAUCUUGGAGGCUGGGCUCUUGGUUCCAUCCUCUGAGUCAUUUUUCCUUUCAGUGAAAGGUAGCCCGUGUAGAUAGACAGUUAACAUGUUCUCAGCCCGUUACCACCCAGUAGAAUUUGGGGGAUAUAAAGCCCUCUUUACAUUUUGUAGUGUAUCUCUUUCAGUGCAAGCUGAUAAUGUUAAUGCAAAUAUAAUUAUUUUUGAACUC